CUCUUUCUCUCCUUGUCUCAUUUUCUCGCUCUCGCCUCACGGAGAGCGCGCGCGCGCGCUCCUGAUCUCUCGUGCGCCUCGGAUUCCGCGACUAACAACGCCAGCGGCAGUGAUACCCCGGUACCAUCGUGCGGCGAGAGAUCGUGCGCUCGUCGCCGUCGUCCGCGCCUCCUGCACCGCCGGAUUCAAGUGCGAUCGAUAAGUUGGUUUUGACAAGGCGCGCACGGACCCGGUGAACGGCAGCAGCAGCAGUCAACCGCCGCGGCCCGCCAUAGCGCCCCAACGCUCCACGUCCCCGCGGUGAGGAUCGUCCGAGCAGUACGCCUGUGGAUAUUACUUCGACGCUGGGAAUAUCUCUCUCUCUCUCGCGAGGAACGGGACUUAGGAUGGGCCGAGCCGUGCGAACAGGUGUCGUUCAACACUGAAGAGGAGGAGUAUCUCAAAAAAGCGAGAGAAGCAGGAAAGCGCGAAGGAUGCCUGCUUCGUCGCAGACCGCCGCGUCCGAGCGGCGAAACGAAAGAGUGCUGACGACGCACGAACCACCGAAAUUGAAAACGACUUUAAAGACGCCUCCCAAGCAAGCGACCAAUCCUUUACAAUUCGUCAAAGUCGGACCAUGCUCGCUGUAUCGAACCGCGCAGGAGCAACUGCAGAAAGUCCAAGAGGUGAAAAAAAUCAAACAGGAGGUCCGCGAUGAUCCCGAGGACUGGCAAUCGAAUUUGGACAACUGGAAGAGUAGCCGGAGGAAGCGGCAGGAGCAUAUAAUCGAGCGAGUGGUCGAGGUGAAGAAACUCGAGUUGGAGGAGCACGACCGUCAGCGUCGUCGAAACAAGACCUUCUCGGAGAUGAUGGAGGAGCGCGGCAACAGAGGCCGCAAGCUGAGCAUCAGCCUGGCUAUGUACAACGACGAGGACGCGAAUGAUCUCAGCGACCUCGGGAUCGGUACCAGCAGCGGCAAGAGCUCUGUCAGCGGCGAUACGCAUGACGACACGCAUAGUGUUCUGAGCGACAGGGACAGCGAGAUCGAGAAGAGCCAUUCGGACGUCGACAACGCCAGCGACAUGACCUCAUCCACGAUGACGACGCUGACUCCGACGGCGACAACAGUCACGACUGCAUCAGCAACCGCAACGAUCGCGUCAGCAACGACGGCGACGAUGGCGGAUACGAUGGCAUCGACGACGGCGACGACGACAACGACGGCGACGACGAUCGCGACGUCUGCCGCGAGAAAAAUGUUCGGCGCUGGUUUCCAUGGCAGUCUGAAUCACAAUCAGGAGUACGAUUCUGGUACUACCGCGACAACGAGCUCGCCCGAACCGGAGGAGUACACGUACGAAGGCGCCAUUCGUGGCUACGUGUCGAGAGUAUCGCAAAACAUACCGCGGAGAUCCUUGACCGGGAUCGACGCCAAGCUGGAGGCGGCAAAAUCGUCGGUGAACGGUUCGAAGACGAGCUUGAACGACGACAGUAGUAAGUCCCCGGUGUCGAUGGUGAAAGUGGAUAUACUGAAGCGACGCGAGGUGUUCGAGAAGGCGUCGCAGAAGAACAGCGACAACAAGACGAACAACAGACUGUCCGGUGACUUCACCGGCACGAAAUCGAUCAAGGAGAGACUGUCGAGUCUCGAGAGGCAGAAGUACGAGACGGAGAACGGCGACAAAGCCGCCAACAAGACCCUCAACCGAUUGUCCGGUGACAUGAGCUCCAUCCGGGAGAGGCUUACCCACUUGGAAAAGCAAGCUUCGGAGCGAGAGAGCAAGAGCUCCGUUCACCGUAAGCUCAGCACGGAGGAUCUGGAGACGGUGAGGCCUCUCAGGGAGAGACUGUCCACUCUGGAGAAGUACAGCAGCAGCGACGAGUCCUCGGUGCCGACUACGGCGAACGAGUCGCGCACGCACAACGGCGAACUCACCGCCAGGACAAUUAAGGAUCGUCUCAGCGCGCUGGACUCCGCCAGGAGCAAGGACGCGACGGACAAACGAGGGCCCGUCGGCAAGCAUCCGCUCUGUUUCCGCGAUCAAGAGAGCAGAGUCGACACGUCGACGCCCAGCGAGAGAAGCUCGUCGCCCGACUCGGAAUAUCGCGUACCGCGAGCCGUCUUCCACCGGAGCCUGGACUCCCUGGACGCCGACGCGUCCAGCGGCCCGGACACCUUCGAGCGCGUGCAGAGCCUCGAGGAGCUCGACUACGGUAGGAGCCAGUAUCCCGCCUCGUCGUCAUCCGCGGAACUCCUGAACGACACAGACCGCGAGGACUCGGGUAUCCAUACCGCGGACGUAAGUUGCUCGGUCAGCCAGGCGGACGAGCCGAUCGACGAGGAGAUCGUGCAGCACACCAGCGGCGCGAUCGUCGACCGACGAGAGGUCGUCGUCGAGGAGAGGGUCAAGGCUACGUCGUCCGUCGUCCAGGAGGACGCAUCGACGUCGGGCGCGACGGUGGAGGCGCCGAGCGACACCACGACGGCUACGCACUCGCAGUUCGCCAGCCACCGGGAGGCAGUAGCAGUGAACAAGGAACGGAUCGUUAUCGAGAAAGCGGACCAAGAGGAGGAGGCGGUCGCCGCCGCCGCCGCCGCGAACCGCCCAGCGGCUCCCGCAGUCGAGGACAAGCAGCAGGAAACGGCAGAGACGUCGACGAGCGCCGGGAUGCCCGCCGCCGUCGCUGUCGUAGUCACCAAGCGCGACGCCGACGUCGACGUGCACGACGCGCCUUGUGCCGCGGUCGCCACGCCGAUCGCCGACCGCCCUCCGGAACGACCGACGAACCUGAGUUUAGCCAAGCAGGAAGUCGGUUCGAUCGACACCCCGAGUCCGGCCUCGCCGAUUUCCAAACAAAUUCUACCGCUAACUCUGUCCAACGACGAGGAGCUAAUCGCCGAUCAGCCCUUCCUUUUGGGCCCGCCGACGAGCGUGGAACCCCCGAAGGAGAAACCGCCGCCGCCCCCGGUGGACAUCAGCGACGACGACAAUCCCGCCCCGGAGCCGCUCAAGCGAUUGAACUCCACUCGCAGAAUAAAGAAAGAGCUGCGCACGAGACGCUCGGAUUUCCUCGGUAUCGAGGGGCAGGUCAACGACGACGACCUCGAGCCCGAGUUGACGCUGACGAAACCGCCGGAUAUGGCGGCGAUCCUCGCCGAGGAGAGGCGCAUCGAGCAACUCCAUCGCCGCUCGUACGACACCGACAGUAACUACGAGCAGGACUCGAGCCACGAGAGAGACUCCGGGGUCGAGUUGGGACACGUCGAGGACUGGGCGAAGCAGCCCGUCAGCCCCGACAUGUCGCAGCACAGCAGACAGAGCAGCGAGCCCUUCGGCGCCAGCGUGACUUCCUCCGAGGAGGACGAGAUCACGAAGAAGGAGCGGGAGAUCAUCGAGGUGCUCGAGAAGGAAGAACAGUGGCGAUACGGCGAUAAUCGCGAGUACAACAGUGACUUGGGGGAAAAACUGGCCCACAAACUGCGCGAGCUCGAGGAAGAGAAGAUGCAGCUGGAGAGGGAGGCGAUAUUGCGCUGCAACGAGGACGCGUUUCGCAAGAGGGACGACAGCGCACGCAAGCAGGAAGAUGCCCCCUCGCACGAGCAACCGCAACAGCAACACGAUGAGACAGCGAAACAGCGGGAGAUCCAGGCGCGAACGACGGAGGAGGAAGCCAAGUACGUCGGAGACAAGCGAAAGGAUGAGGAGCUUGAGACGCAGUCGGAACAACUGAGGAUGCAGAACGAAAUCGAGGAGAAGGAGCGAAGAGUCGCUGAUGCGUGUCGCAAGGAGGAGAUGCGCAUCCGGACGAUGGAGAGUCAAAUUCGCGAGCAAGAGAGCAAGGCAUUGGUCGGUGCUGGGUUGAGCAGCAACGAAGAUGAAUUCCCUUCCGGGGAAGUGCUGCGAGUGGAGAGGGAACUUCUGCAGUUGGAGCAGGAAGAACUAAAGAGACAACGCAAUAAUUUGGCCUAUCGCGAGCAGAAGCAGCUCAGGUUGGCAGAGCAGUUACAGGAACAGUGGAAAUCAAUGCAUAAUGUCGCGCAAAAUUCUAUUAAGAACACGCAGCAAUACAAAUAUCAUACGCCCGCAGUGAAUUACAGAUCUUCGAUGCCAAACUUGCAAUUUCAAGACGGGCCAAGAAGGAGACCGCCGCCGCCACCGAUUCCACUUACCAAACCACGUAUGCUAGAUCAGAGACAAAGAGAUGUUACAAUCAGGAAUAGCCGUAUACCAUCCGCGGAUUCGAUUCCCCAACAAGUAGACGCGUCGAUUCGGGAGAGCGCGUCGGCAGCAACACUCGGCGGAAAUCACACCGGUCAACAAAUGUCCAGGCAGACUUUGCAGGCAUUAAGUGCAGUACCGCGUCCACGAAUUGUUCAAGGUGAUCAGUGGCGAAGAAAGAGUGACGUGCCAAGAGGCGCUCACGAUGUGAACUAUCAACAUUGGCUCAUUCAAGAGGCGGAACAAAGGAGGAUUAAUGAGAGAAACCAACGAUCACCGGCGCGAAAAUCUCAACCGCAUGUAACUGGCACUUCCGUACCAUAUAACGCUCCAAUUCGGACAGAUAGUAAACCGCUACCUGAUUCUAUUAUACAAACUCUAACGCAAAGGGUACAGAAUAAAACGCAGGAGAAACCUCUUCUAACAAGGCGAAGGCCGGAGCAAGUUCACAAUCAAGAACAUUUGACUGUGCAACAUCAAUCGCCACAAUAUACACUACAGUCUCAAAAAACACAACACGCACCAAUCGCGAAUAAUAAUGAGAAUCAGGAAAAGAUGCUGAGCGUGAGCGGGAAGAAAAAGUGUUCGCAUUGCGGAGAAGAAUUAGGUCGGGGCGCCGCGAUGAUAAUCGAGAGCCUACGAUUGUUUUAUCAUAUGGAAUGCUUCAAGUGUUGCGUGUGCCACGUGCGUCUCGGCGAUGGACUGAAUGGAACGGACGUGCGCGUCCGAAAUAAUAAGCUCCACUGCCAUAACUGCUACUCCAGUGACGACGGUGUCAAGUUCAGUUGUGUGUAGAAGCCUGGCGGUAAACGGGAAUUAAUGCUGAUCGACUUGAUUGUAACAUUUUUCGGCUCUAUCUUGAGAUCUUCGUAAUUAGUUACCCUUAUUUAAAAGUGUCAUAUCGACACACGCAGCAUAAAAUGAAUUGCGUAAACAUAACUUUUUGACAGGUCAAAUAAGAAGAGGAACGAGAUAUCACUGUCCGUCGCGCGGUAUAUUAUUUUCUGUAUUUUUUAUUCAAGGUAGCGAGUUCACACAUGUAUGCAAUACUGUUUCUACCGACUAACACGAAUCAUACGCGAAGGAUGUAUAUAAGAUGUAUUUAUGUAAUUAGUAUAGCGAUAAGAAAUCAUAAUUGUUGAGAUGGUUUAAUUUGGAUGUAACUUGGCGUCACUUCGCUGACGCUGUAUAUUUUUGUAAUAUAGUUCUCGUACUAUUUAUACCAGGUAUAUCUAUUUUACAGCGGUUGUAACGGAAUGCGCGCGACUGUUUUCUCAAGCGAAGUCUUCGACUUCUUUUUCAGUCUAUUUCUUUUUUUUCGGAAGCGCGAAUAACAUGAGGUAGAGUCUCCGCCGAAAGAAACUUUGCUCGCUUCGCGGAGCGACCGAUAGUUGCGAACAUUGGCGAGUCCAGGCGAUAUGCUAACGUAGUCGGAGCUUCAGAAAAAUGUGGAGAGGCUCCUGGUGUACAGAUGCGUACCACUAUAUCACUUUUUUUUCCCAAGCGAAAGUUUUUAUUUUGUUUUCUUGUGGACUUAAAAAAUUUAUUUUAUAGAAUAACGCCUGUUCGAGACAAGGCCUAUGUUAAUUAUAUUUUUCAUAUAUAUCCCUAUUUAUAAAAUACGACUUGGCCUAAGUAUUCCUUAUGUUAAUUAAAUUAUAUAGACCGAACUCUUUUUAAAAGACGUCCCGCAAGAAUAUUAGCUUUAAAUCCGGCAAGAACGUAGAUUCGCCAUUACUUUGCGAAUCAAAAUGCAAUUCGUAUCGGUAUUUCCGCACGCGAUGGCAUCUCGAGAAAUUGACUCGACGUGAUCGCGCAUUCAUACGCUAACAAGACGACGGUCUCCUCAAUUGCUUCCCGCAAUUAUGUCGAAGACAUGGUUACAUUGUGAAAUAUUGUAACAUACGCAUCUCGUGUUAUUAACGUAAUUUUAUAUUAUCGAAGAGAAUAAAUGUAAAACAGAUAUAAUUAAGACAGCGCUGUUUCGUAAAAACAUUUCCUCUCCGUUCAACCAACUUUUCCCGCAUAUCCGAGCGAAUCGUCAAUGCCGAAGUUGCGAUUUUGGCAGGUAACAGCAAUCGUGUAUGUCACAUUUAAGAAGACGAUAGACGUAAAAUAAUAACAGCAAACAAUUUUCUUAUUUCUCGUUGUGCUGUGCAAGAAAA